AUGGCUUCAACAUCAGCUGCGGCGACAGCGUCGUCCGACCCGGCACACAUCACCUCCAAGAUCCAAGCAGCUUCCGCACGCGAUGCGCCCUUCUGGUCCUUCGAGUUCUUCCCGCCAAAGACGACACAAGGUCUAGCCAACCUAUACAAUCGAAUCGCUCGCAUGAGCGCUAAUCUCGACCCGAGCUGGAUCCACGUCACAUGGGGAGCAGGUGGUACUACGGGAGGCAAAUCGCUCGAGCUUGCAGGGAGGAUACAGAAGGGCAAGUUGGAUCCGGAUGUCCAGCUCGUCCAGACAGAGGUCAAGCAGAUCGGCUCAGGGUCACAGCAGCACAUCGAGAAUGUCAAGGGCGGCGAAGCAUGGGAGCAAGGGGGUGCAGAUGCUUGCGACGUCUGCUUGCAUCUCACCUGCACCAAUGUUGAGAAGAGCAGCCUCGACGAGACCCUGGAAACGGCCAAACGAUUGGGCAUCAAGAACAUCCUCGCACUACGUGGCGACCCACCAAGAGGCGAAGAAUACUGGGUCGCAGCCGACGAACGCUUCCAGCACGCCACCGAUCUCGUUCGCUACAUCCGCGAAAACCAUGGCGACUUCUUCUGCAUCGGCGUAGCAGGCUAUCCCGAAGGCCACGCGGACUACGUCGACAGGGACGUCAAGCGCGAUCUCGCUUACCUCAAAAGCAAGCAAGACGCAGGCGCUCAGUUCAUCGUCACCCAGCUUUUCUACGAUGUGGAACAGUUCCUCGGCUGGUACAAAGACUGCCGCGACAUCGGUAUCACUAUCCCGAUUCUACCUGGCAUCAUGCCGAUUCAGAACUACCAGAGCUUCCGCCGCAUGACCAACCUGUGCAAGGUACAAGUCCCAAAGGCCAUCCUCGACGCGAUCGAGCCGAUCAAGAGCGACGAUGCUGCUGUCAAAGAGUACGGCGUCUCGCUCAGCAUCCACAUGAUCGGGCGUAUCUUCCUCGAGACCGAUGUGCGCGGCUUCCAUCUCUGCUCGCUCAAUCUCGAAAAGAGCAUCGAGCGGAUUCUCGAGGGUCUCGACUGGAAGUCUGAUGCAGGAGCACAGCCAGAAGCAGAUGCGCGACUGAAAGGCAUCCCAUCGCACCUGCAUCUGGAGCGAACAAAGAAUCAGAUGCUCUCGGACCGCACCGGCACCAACACGCCAAAAGACUUCAAAGUCACCACCCAAGAAGCGCUAGCACGCACGCUCGCCCGCACAUCCAGCUCGUACCAGGUCCCCGAGACGGCCACAUGGGAUGAGUUCCCAAACGGACGCUACGGCGAUUCGCGCAGUCCUGCGUUCGGCGAGAUGGACGGCUACGGUGUCAGCCUCAAAGUGCCACCCCAAGACGCGUUGCGAAUCUGGGGUCAUCCAGUCACCUCCGUCGAUAUCUCCAAGAUCUUUGCGUCGUAUUUGGAAGAGAAGAUCGAGUGCAUUCCGUGGUGCGAUGCGCCGCUGAUGAACGAGACGCUGCAGAUCCGCGAUCAUCUGUUGGCGCUCAACCGGCUCGGCGAGCAGGAGGGGUCGGGGAAAGGAUGGUGGUCCGUCGGCUCUCAGCCCGCGGUAGAUGGUGCCCCGUCGACAGAUCCCACGGUUGGAUUCGGCCCCCCUGGCGGGUUUGUGUUCCAAAAAGCGUUUGUGGAACUCUUCAUGUCGACCGCGGACAAGGACAGGCUGGUGGAGCGGAUCGAUGGGUUGGGUGCCAAUGCGCAGAUCACCUACUUUGCCGGCAACGCAAAGGGCGAGUUCGAGUCGAAUCUGGGAGAGGGAGAGGCAAACACGGUGACAUGGGCCGUGUUCCCAGGCAAGGAAAUCGUCCAGUCGACCAUCAUCGAGAGGGACAGCUUCGAGGCAUGGAGGGAUGAGGCAUUUGAGAUCUGGGGCGAAUGGUCGUUGUUGUUCCCCAAAGGCUCGGCGAGUAGGAAGUUGGUAGAGGAGAUCAAGGAGGGGAGGUGGCUGGUGACGGUCGUGCAUCAUGAUUACAAGGAGAGGGAGGCAUUGUGGCACUUUUUGGCAGAGUAG